CUUCGAGUUGAUAUACUCCCCACACUUUCAUCUUCAAUUAUUACGUAUUUUUAUGCUAUAUCAACCAAUUGCUCAUGUCAUCGCCUUCCACUCCUCAAACAGCGCGUUCCGCGCCUCCUUCAGGCGCAGGCUCGCCUGAAAUCCUCACUCCCGGAAGAAAGAUCAAGGCAAUGCUGGCUGCUUUUGAUAGCGAUUCGGAUUCAGAUAAGGAAGGCUUGAAACCCAGACUUCCAAAUGUGCAAUCAAAUACGGAUACAGACGCGAAUGAGGACAAGAAUGAAGAAGAUGGCGUCAUUGCACCAAGGGGCCGUAUGGCGGCUCGAAUGCAGGAUCAAGCACAGACAGAUAGCAAGGAAUCUUCUGGGGCUAGUGAAACAGCAUUUGAACGGUUGUCAAGGAGACUGAGGAACAUGGAGCAGAACGAGGACGAGGAUGAAGAAGAUGAGACAGAUGAUAUUAUUGUGCCAAGGGGUCGUAUGGCAGCCCGGAUGCAGGAUCAAGUGCAGACACACAAGAGAGCCUCAUCUGGGGUUAAGGCGCCUGAAAUACCAUUUGAGAGCUCUUCGAGAAAAUUGAUGGGGGGCAAAACGAAUGCUGCGCGGUAUUCCAAAGGAGAAGAUGCAGACUCAUCUGACGAUCAGCUUCCCACUGCCCGACCGAGACGGAGAUUAGUGAAGACAAAUGAGUCAGGUGCUGGUGAAGGGUCACCAUCCCCUGCGCGCUCUGUUUCUCCUUUGUUCGUGUCUCCUACAGCCCGGAGCGAUAAUGAUAACUCGGAUAACACAGAAUCACGUCCUAAAGCCAACUCACGUUUUCUUGCGCUGGUCGCUCAGAAACGCAGGGAGCGGGAAGAGAAAGAGAGACUAGAGGCUGAUAAGAAGGCAUCACGAGUGGCCCAGCUUCAGCAGUUCAGCUCAGAGAUUCUUUCAGGGGACGAAAGUGAAGAUGAUGGGGAUACCGGUCGGAAACUGACAAAGCAGUCGCGUCCUUCCCGCAAAGCCAGCAAGAAGGCCCUGGAGGAAAUGAAUCGUGAGACGCAAAGAAUGAGCAGAAAUAUGCAAUUGGCACACCAAGCAACGACGAGAAAGAAGAUUACCAAGGAAAGUUUCUUUGCUCGCUUCAAUUUCAUGCAGCCCCAGGAACUAGACAGAGCUGGCAAAAACCACGCAAGUUCUUCAGCAACCGGUUCUUGCAAUUCGUCAGACGAUGAAGCUGGGAAAGAUAGGGAGACUCCACAUACCUCGCCAGUUUUGGGACCGGCGGAUAAGCGCCCCGUUCAUGAACAUAUUGACUCCCAGGCACCGCCACUCGACAAGGACAAUACCGAUGCUGCGCUGGAGAAUUUCCCAACUUUCGAGGAAAUUCUCGCUGCUCCCCAACAAAAACUUCACCAGGAGCCCAUCAUCGUAGCAUCUGCGGCAACUAAGGCGCAGGAACUGCAACCAGAAGCAUCAGAACGAAAGCAUGAACGAAAACUGCUCACUAAGCCGCCUGUUCGUGUUCAUCUAUCACGGCAACUGGUAUCUCAGCACCAAAAGGAAGAUUCAGAUAGUGAUUUAGAAGUGGUCACAUCCCCUGCCAAAAGUCGGCGGAUAGCAGCAUUCGAGAACCUGCCUGCAAGGAAAAAACAGGAACCGUCUUCCCUGCUAAAACUGAAAGCUUUGGCUCAUCUUUCUUCCCCAUCACGGCGAACUUCAUCCAUGACCCAAGCUGAGUUAUCCGCUACAUUACUAUAUCAAGCAAAACAACAAUCAGCGAAACAAAGACAAGAGAGGAUUCAGGAACUCAGAGCAAAAGGUAUCAUCAUUGAGACAGCUGAAGAGCGUGCUGCGAUGGAGGAUGAAGUGGAGGAUCUUAUGGAAAAGGCUAGGAAGGAGGCGGAGGAUAUUGCGAGAAAAGAAAGAAAGAUAUCGAAAGAAGGGCAAGAGGGGGAUGAGGAGGAUGGAGAAGAUGACGAUGAAGAUGAUGACUAUGAGAUGUCCGGGUCUGAUGAGGACUUCAACGGAGCUGAUGCAGACGAGGAAGAAGGAGAUGAAGAUAAGGAAGAUCGUGCCGAUGUUAACGAGGGAGAGCAGGGGCUAGUCGAUGUGGAAGCUGACGAGGACGAUGAAUCCGAGGAUGAUCAGACAGAAGCAGUGCUAUCUGAUGAGGAACCUGCGAACCCAAUUCCGCGGCGGAAACGGCCAACUCGAGUUAUCAGCGAUGAUGAAGACGAAGCGCCAGAGCCCAAGACUCCAGCAAGACCAGCAUUUCAAACGUCGCACUCUGUAGAAAGACCUCAGCUUCCUCCUGGUCUUGGUACUUCCGACGAUUUGACAAUGAGUCUGACCCAGGCUUUUGCAGGCACAUUGGCUGAGAAUCAAACAGCCGGUGCAGAAAAUUCUCAAGCAAUCCUCCUUUCACUGCCGGACCCUGGCCGUACAGCGACCGAAUUUCAAGAGCCAGAUUCCCAGAUCCUGGUUAGAGAUAGCCAGGAGCGCUCAGCGGAAACGCCCGAUAUACUAACACGCUACUCACAAAAUGACUACCGGGUUUCUGAGUCACCUGCUCUGCAGUACUCCCAGAUCCCAGAUCCAACACAGGAUGCUGGCUUCGUUCUUUCGCAGUUUGACCCUUUAAAACGAUUCGUUGGUACACCGCCAUCCACCGUGGAAACCGUGCUUCUGCCUCAUCAUGAGUCCCCAAUGGCUGGAAGAAAAGGGAAACAUCUCCGCCGCGGACGAGUGGCUCAGCUAUCUGAUGUUGAGGAGGAAAUGGAGAAUGGGUUUGAAAUUGAGGCCAGUGCAUUCGAUAUAAUGAAGAAAGCGGCGAAGAAACCCUCUGUCCCAUUUGACAGGAACAAAAGCAAGGCAAAGGAGAUUGUGGACGAAGUAGCAGAGGAAUCAGAAGAUGAGUAUGCUGGUCUUGGUGGUGCGAGUGAUGAGAGUGAAGACGAUGAAAAUGAGUAUGACAAGGAAAUUGUCAAUGAUAAUAGUGGGGAAGUGGUUGACGAGAAGGAGCUAGCUGCUCUGAAUGCAAUGCAUCAAAGAGAGGCGGAUGAAAAGCAGGUGGCCAGAUUGAUGAAGGAUAUAACUACAGGAGCUCUUCGACGCCGGAUGGGAGCAGAGGAUGACUUCGACCUUGACGACUCAGAUGACGAGCGCAUGGCUCGUCGGCGCGCAAAACAAAGGGAAUUUGCGAGAAUGCGCAAGGCACUUCUUGCCGACGAGAAAGUUGGCGAACUGGCUGAGAAUCCGAAGAAAGCAGCAUUUUUCCGCGCAAUCGAGGACCGCGACGUGGAAGAUGAUUUCGAUUUAGACUUCCUUGAUGAGGAAAGCGGUCCUCACUCCCAGCAAGAUUCUUCAUCGCAAGACGUUGGAACAGAGGGUCAAAACGAGGACAGGCAAAACAAUAAAAGAAAGAGGCCAUUUGAGCCUUCUGCAGCCGACAUUGCCAACCGUCCUUCACCCCAUCUUCGCCGCACCAAGGCCAGUGGCUUGUCGAAGAGACCGACCACACUGGCAGAGAUCCGCGAGACACUGUCCUUCCUUACAGAACAGCCCGAAUACGACUCAUUCCAUGAGGAUGCAGCCAUGGACGUUGACGAAAACCCCGCAGAUGACAUGGAGGACACAGACACAUCUCACGAGGUCCAAUCUGCUAGACGAUUAUCGGAUGACGGCUUCGCUAUCCCAACCCACCCACGCCGCACCCGUGGGCCAGUUGUUGACCGUCUUGCUUUACUGCGGCAAGCAUCAUCGAAUUCUGCUUCAGCCGCUUCAGCUCUUACUACUGCUCGUCCUGCCUUUCACUCUGGUUCUGACGUUGACUUCGCGAAUGUAGGCUUCCGACCACCUACAUUGAUACGGAGAGCUACUGCGUCUUCCACCUCUUCGUCUGGUUCUUCUGUUACUUCCACUACCUCCAGAGUUCCCAAAGCUGCGGCUGGUCCGACAGUUGCGAAAAAGGGAGCUGUCAAUUAUUACACAGCUGCGCGGGAGCGGGAACGUGAGAGGGAACUCAAGGCUAAACAACGGUCAGGUCCAUCGAGUAUAUCAGCAUUGUUGAGUAAACGGUCUAGUCUGGGGGCAAUCGGUGGCAAAGGGCAAUGGGAUUAAUUGGGUGAUUCUUGAUGCAUUUAUUUUCAGUUUCUUGUCUGUUUGCUGGUGAGGUUUUCUCAGAUACACAUCUCUGUCUGGGUAAAGGAUCACAACGACUUCUAAUGCUCUUUCAUACUGAUAUCCAAGUUGUAAGCGGGGAUUCUAGCUAAAAGCCCAUGAUUUGAGGAAUGUAUAUUCCAAUACAUAUCCAAUCAACUUUUGUCCAUAUGCGCUCCUCUACUGCCGUUGAUUCAUGCAUAUUUCUUCUCUAACUCGACAAUCAAGUCCAUCAGGGAAUGAACGACCUUUGCAUCCCGGAUCCCAUCAAUAUUAUUCCCACGAGGAAGCAGAUAGCUAUCCCACCCUGCAUUGAUGGCGCCUUUGUAGUCCUUUUCAUAAUCAUCGCCGACAUGAACAUAGACCCAUUUUUCAUUGAUGUGAUCCAUGUUUGGAUCUGUGGGAUUGUGCUCCUCGUCUCUGUGUUCGCUUCUCGCUAGUCUGAGCGCUUGUCUCUUUGCAACAUCAAAAAUAAGUCUGUUCGGCUUCUCCUCUCCUGCCUCGUAGGAGGUUAUGACAAGAUCAAGAUCAAAGUAAUCCUCCUUAUUCUGGUUCUGACUGUCUUCCCUCUCUUCAAAGCCAGGGAGCUCCAUACUCGACCGCUCCUGGUCCGCGCGAACGUCACCCACUGAUAAACCGAGUGACUUCAGCACAGCAGGGACGCGAUCAUCUGAAUUCGAAAUGACACCGAACAGCACUCGAUCGAAGAUACCAAAUCCAGCGGUAGCGCCACGAGUAUGAGGAACAGAUUUCAGAUAUCUCAUUCUUUCGAAAAAGGGCACCACAUCAUCAUAGAGCCUGUACCCCUCAGAUCCAGCAAAUCGAUUAAUAAGAGACUCGGUUAACCCAUCCGGGAGGACGAAAUUCGCAUCAUCAAUUUGGCCGCCAGCAGAGCCGCCCUUCACGGCUUGCAAAAGGCUGGCCUUGAUAACUUCAUCCCACCACUGUUUCGGGCCUCCAUAUUGGCCACGCAGAACAUCUUCGCGUCCGUAGUUGGGCCGCCUCUGCUUCUGCCUCUUGAAGACGUCCUUGAAGGCCUCCUUGAUCGUGUCGGCGGUUAUGAGGGUCGGGGAGAGGCCGAAUGAAUGUGCUGUUGAGGAGUAUUCUUCUGGCACAGAUCGUUUGGGGUGGAAAAGAGUUUCAAAUGCAUCAAAGGUAAUCAGGAGGUUGUUUCUCACUGGUGCUGUUCUUAUAUGUGUAGCGUUGUUUGAUCUGGUGGGGGUCAUAACUGUUCGGCGGAAUACAGCGCCAAGUGAGUCUCUUAGAUGACAGGGACGCAUGCUGGAGGAAUAUCAACUCGUGUCUCUAAGUAUGUAGCAUAGUUUCUCGGGUUUUCUAAGCAUGAAUCAGGGACAAUUGUAUGAUCUGAAGAC